UCAUUCAAAGAUGUGGCUGUGCUCUUCACCUGGGAGGAGUGGCAACUACUGGACCCUAUUCAGAAGGACCUUUACAAAGAUGUCAUGUUGGAGAAUUAUAGCAACCUGGUAUCCCUAGGGUACCAAGCUAUGAAAGCAGAUACAAUUUUCCAGUUGGAGCAAGGAAAACCCUGGCUAGUAGAAGAAGAAAUCACGAGUCAGUAUCUUCCAGGCGAGAAACCCUACAGAUGUGACGAAUGUCAGAAGGCCUUCAGCAGUAAGUCACAGCUCAUUAACCAUCACAGAAUUCACACGGGAGAAAAGCCUUAUGGAUGCAGCGAAUGUGGCAAAACAUUCCCCCUGAAGUUCAGUCUCACCAUCCAUCAGAGAAUUCAUACAGGAGAGAAACCCUAUGGGUGCAGUGAAUGUGAGAAAACGUUCUCCAUCAAGUUUAGUCUGAUUCUGCACCAGAGGACUCACACCGGGGAGAAGCCCUACGCGUGCGAUCAGUGCCAGAAAGCGUUCACUCAGAAGUCUCACCUCACUAUCCAUCAGAGAUCUCACACUGGAGAGAAACCGUACGAAUGUGGCGAAUGUCACAAAGUCUUCAGCCGGAAGUCGUAUCUCCUUAUCCAUCAGAGAAUUCACUCAGGGGAGAAACCUUUCGAAUGCAGCGAAUGCGGGAAAACAUUUCCCAUCAAGUUCAGCCUCAUCGUGCAUCAGAAAACACACACGGGAGAGAAGCCUUAUGAAUGUGAGGAAUGUCAGAAAUCUUUUGCCCAGAAGUCAAAUCUUCUUAUCCACCAAAGAAUCCAUACUGGCAUGAAACCGUAUGGGUGCACUCAGUGUUGGAAAACUUUCUCCCAUAAAUUCAGCCUCAUUUUACAUCAGAAAACUCAUAGAGGAGAAAAAGCGCAGGCCUCUCGCUCGGUUGCUGAGUACCUCAGCCUGGCCCCUGUCCUGCUGGAUGGAGAGUUGCAAAGCUCUCUGGUCCUUUCUAGGAGGGAACUUGAAUUAAACAAGACCCUGCUCUUACAGGACUCACUGACGUUCAGUGACGUGGCUGUGAAGUUCACCUGGGAGGAGUGGCAGCUCCUGACCCCUGCUCUGAAGGCCCUGUACCGGGACGUGAUGCUGGAGAACUACAGCCACCUGGUGUCCCUGGGUGAGGACAGCUCCCCUGUGUCUCUCUGA